CCAGAUAGCAGAGUCAUCUCUGACCGUCGACGGGAGCAGCUAAAAAGGCUAAGCGACGGCCUUGAUAUUAGCUUUGCCACCAACCAUGGACACAUAUGGAAGCCACAACGGCUUUCUCGAAUGGAGGCUUUCCUCUAAAAGCAUUAUGGAUAUCAGUGCACAGCACCAACCAGGAGCUCAUGCAACACACCCUCAGGAACCUUACGAAGGCAAUCGUGCUCAUUCCUGGACGGUGGCCGAUCAAGUGUCUCACUAUCCCCAGGGAGAUUAUCUGCCUGAUCAUAUCAAUGCACAGUACAGUAGUCCUGUCCAACGGAAAGUCGACCAACGUAGCGAAGAGUACCCUCAAACACGCGGCAAGGGGAGCCUGGAGGCCAACAGCAAUGUUCCCAUCUGGCUUCACCCUGUACCACACGAUGUUCACAUAGGACAACGAGCAACUAGACCGACUCCUACACCAUCGCUAUCGAUGUCUCGAACUGUCAGUGAUGUUUCCUGGAACCCCGAGGCCAACAACGUUGAAUAUACAACUCCCUAUAGCCUAUUUGAUGGGACUCUUGAGCAUGGUAGCUCCAACAACCAAUGGGCAGUGGAUGGACUAUUGACGAAUCGGAGCUACUCCUUCGCACAAGGAGCUCAGUCAGACACCUUCGCCAGUGGUUUGAAUCAGUCGUUGACAUCGGCGGCCACUAGGAACGACAAUAGGAGAUGGCAGCCGCAGCGAAAUGAAGCAAUGGGACCUUACGGAAUGGCUGAGGAUCAUCCCAAUCAACCGGUCUUCGCACGCUUCGUCCCGUAGUAAGUGGAGCCUCUGUUCCAAAAGAAAAAAUACCUCGGCUGACACACUUCUCAGUGGUAAAGAUGUAUCAUUGGAGGGAGAUUGCCAGAAGGUGCAAAGGAUGGAAACACCGCCGCUAGUCAAUCCCAAGCCUACAUUCGAAACGUCGCCGGCAGUACCCUCCCCGCAGUCUCCCGUGUCGCGUUGCGAUUAUCCGAAUUGUCGUCAGACAUUUAAAGGGGAGUCGAGGGCCGGGAAU